AUGCUGGAGAGGACAGCGUCCUCCCUCGAGCAAUGCGCCCUCCACCGAAUCCUACACACCUCCUCUCGACCCGCAUACUCCCGUCGCAAGCUGCCCCCAACCUUUUGGAUGCAUGGGGCGGCGAGCUUAGAGGUCUCUGCAGCCUGGGUGGCCUUGGUGAGGGGGCGUGGAGCUCGAGCGAGGCAGGUUGGCCAACCCCAGCGACACGCGACGAGGAGAUCCGUUUCGAGCGGUUAUGACGCCCUCGAGGCCCUGUACGCAUCUGGUACGGGCGCCAUCUCAACUCUCAGGAGGACUUCGGCUUGCUUGGUUGACGGCCAUGAGAGAUGGCCGCAGUCCCUGUCCUGCCUCCAAACGAGACCAAUCUCUACCUCGGCUACUAGCCGAUUCCUCAACUUUCCCCAAACGACCGAAUCCCUUGCUUCGACGACCGUCCAAUUCGAUGCCAUACCAGCCACAGAAGAGCCUUCUAUAUGCUACGCAAAAGCAGAACCGUUAUCAGGGCCUAGUUCAACGUCCACAUCCACCUCCGAAACCCUCAAGCCGUCCCCUGGUGGCCUCACACGACUCCGGUAUCUAAUAUCUAAGGGUGACGCGAGUGGUACGAUAGAGGCAUGGUCUCUUUUCAAGGGCCUCUCAGCUUCGGCGCAGGACGAGCUUCGCCUCGAGACGCUCCGUUACACAGGCCGACAUGUGUCGAGUAAAGCGGAGGCAGCUCAGUGGCUGUCGGUUCUUGCCAAGAUCCCGAGCUCCUCGCUUGAUAAUGACCUCCUUUUGAUGGCCGCAAAGGCCAGCGUGGUCCUCCACUUGAAGGAGGAUGCACUCACCUACUUUCGCGCAAGCCUAAGGCGCCGCCCAUCCCUUGACUUUUUCCAAGAGAUGGUCCUUGUCCCUCGGGGAGGGACUUCUGCCAAAUCCCGGGAUACCAGCAGGGCAAAGCCCAAUCGCCACGCCUCUAGCCUUUUGACGCCAGAAACUCAGAUUGGCCUAUCCGCUUUGAUGGCAGAACCUCCUGCUGUGCCAGACAACUCAUGGGGCUCGGGAUAUAAGGCUGGCGCUGAAGCUAAUGGAACCAGGUUCGGACCUAAGCAGCAAAAACGGCUUGUCAACUCUCUCGACUCCUUUCUCAAAGACCUCGCAGAGAUGGCCCUGUUCCAGCCCUGCGAGUCUAGAGAGGCAAUGGGCCUUCUCCACCUACUUGACCGCCCCGAGCUAUAUGCUGAACACAUCGUAGAUGCUUUCCAACGGCGAGAAACUAUGCAUCUUCCUAGACUAUUCAAGACUUACAAACGGUACGGGCUGGCCACCAUGGAUCCGCGAGUACCGCCAAUCAUGUUCAACAUCUUCUACCCUUACGAUACCGCCCAGUUGCUCCCGCUACACACCUACUUUUGUCGCGUGCACUACAACAACGAUAAGAGGACCGACCAAGAUCGCGCCGCUUUACGAGAGUGGUGGUCAAACUACGCGGUACGGGCAGCUUUGAAUGACCAGGCGAAGGACCCGCUGUCUUACAAGUCCUACAUCCGUGUAUUCAAGCACUUUGGCGAUGAGGAAAUGGAGCAGUUUGCACUAAAAGACGUGACGGAAAAGCUCGGUAUUCGGCCGGAGCAGAUGAAUUGGUAUCGCGAUCUUGAGCGCUACUACACCAACAAAGACUACAAAGGCGCCAUGUACGCCUGGUCCGACCUUAGUGCAGGUGCCAAACCAGACAUUCAUACCCUAGCCACGGUCAUGAAGCUGGCGGCGGACAAUGGUGAUCUUAACUAUACCCUCCAGAUGUACGAGAAGGCCAAGACGUGGCGCCUUGACCGGUCACCCCACAUACUCAUACCCGUUAUACGCGCCUUUGGAGACAACGGGAUGCUGCAGCAGGCUAGUAGAGUGUGCACGUGGGCGCUGGAAAACGAUAUCCGCAGCCCGGAGCUCUUCAACACCAUGCUCUCCAUAUAUGCGGCGAACCAUCGCCUCCACGAGUCGCAUCGUCUGAUGAAUACGAUGGCCCAGAAUGGGAUCGCCUGGGACAAGGAGACGUUUGUCCAUCUGAUAACGACGUUGGCGCGUUGCAAGCAGGGCGACAAGGCGUACGAGCUUCUAACACAGGCGAUGAAGAUGCACUUCUGGAGAGUCACCAGCCAUCACUUUGAGCUUGUCAUGGCCGGCGCGAUGAACACGCACAAGUACAGCUUGGUCUACGCUCUGGGCGAGCGCAUGAAGAAGGAGGGCUUGCCGGUGUCCCUAAACGCCUUGACCUUGUUGGCCAAGUCGUCGCAUCGUUGGGCGCAGUUUGCCAAGGAACGUCCUGGCCACCCGCCGCUCCCUUCGAAACUCGUCACCGGACGCGAUCUAGUCGAGCAUUACCGGAAACUUGUCGCGGCUGAGCUCCAGUCGGCGCGAGAUGGCGCUAAUCUCGGCAAAGCAAAGGGCGGGUCGUCGAGCGAGAGCCGGGUCGUCUUCACCCUCGCCGAGAUGGGAGAAAAGGACCUGAUCGCCGAGGUCAACGGAAUUUACCAGCAGUGCCCUCCGACUGAGUGCUCCGAGCGGGAUAUCCCGGACGGCAUCAUUACCGCACUGAUGAUUGCCGCGCUCGAGCGAGGCGAGCACCGCAGAGUAAAGAGCCUGUGGAACGCGCUGUGGGAGCGCAACCAGCGACUAAGCGUGGCCGCCGUCGACGAGGGCAACCGGCGGGCGCCGCGCGCGAGGAUCCCGCCCCCGAUACGGUAUAAUCUGGAUGAAGGGUUCCGCACGAUGCAGCAGGUGCUCACGCGGGAGAGUGACGCCGAGGGGCUCUUGACCAUAUUGCAUGAGCUCACGUCGGCGGGCUUCAAGCUGGGCCGCCGCAACUGGAACCACACCAUCCAGGCACUCGCUACCAUGGGCCGGGUCAAGGAGGCCUUUACGUUCUGCGAGCACAUGCUGAUGCCCAACUGGAUGGGCUGGAGGCAUAUGCGUAGGUUCAAGCUUCACCGCCUCCGCCGCAGCGUGAGCGAGAAUCGGCCUAACCCGUCCGAAACCUCGGCCGAGCUCCCUGAUGCUCUUCAGCUACAUCUCGGGCCCUCUGCCAUUGCCACCACUCCCGCCGCUGCCACCAGUACCAUUACUGGCGCAUUCGCCCCCAAGAGUCGCGAUGCUAUCACAACUCUUGCUCCCGGUAGCGCCAGAUUUUACAGCACAGCACACGGCCCGGAGCAGCCAUCCGAGGACCCCUCUGCCGAGAGCCGCUCCCUCGCGUCAGCGGAGCAGCGCUACGCCGCCGACCACGCCGCCGUAGCCGACUUCCUCCGCUUCCAGUACAACGCCCGACAGAAGCGGCGGUGGCAGCGCCGGCGCAAGGAGCGCGGCCAGUCGGUCGUGCUGACGCCGCGCAUCCGCCAGCCCGGGCUCAACCCGCGGCACCUCCGCCCCAACGCGCAGACCCUACACAUGCUCGCCCGCAUCUACCUCGAGAUGCGCAGCGCCGACACCCGCUCCUCCCAAGACGCCGACACGAGCCUCCUCCUCUCAGCCUCGUGCCCUCGCACCGUCCACGCCAUCAUGACGCUGCGCUACUCGGACGACCCCGAGGUCGUCCGCUGGUUCGGCGACAAGGUCGAGGAGUACUCCUCGACGACGACCCCCGCCCCUCCCCGCCGAAACGACGCGGGCGUGGACGCCGAUGCCGACCUCGGCGACGGCUCUCUCACACCCGCCGAGCGCCAGAGGCUGCAGCGCAAGAGGGAAAAGACCCUGCGCAAGCGCCGCGCCUACGUCCUCCCGCCCUUCCAGGAACGCGUCAACGGCGUCUUGGCCGCCACCUCCGCCCUCAGGCGGAGCAAGAAGGCGGCGGCGACGCGCGAGAGGAUCGCCAAUAAAAAGUUUUAUGCUGCCUGGGAGCGGCGCGAGGUUUCGUCUGGUGAACCGUUGGGAAGCGAGUGA